CUCUCCGAGGUGAAGGAGUAAAUGUAACGGGUCGAUCCGAACAGACAAAUAACGUCAAACCAUCGAGUUCCAUGUGAACCGUGACAACAGUCGCAAUGGCCGGUUUAAGGAGGGUUAACGGGAAACUUUCUGGGAUCAACCCUGCUGUCAGUUGCUGCCGCCUGCGGCAGGUCCAGGCUCUCCUGUGCGGAGGUGGAACGUCCACUCCCGACGGCGUCCUCUGCUCUCUCGGAAUCGACAGCAGGUAUAAUGAAGGCUGCACCGAGCUGGCCAGGUAUCUGUUCUACGGUUUGUACGAGCGCCGCCCGGUGAAUCUGGAACACGUGCCGGAGGAGUUCCCAGAAGAAAUGCUGGACGACGUCAUCCUGCUGAUCAAGGCGGAGUGUGUCCACCUGUACUGCAACCCGCUGAACUACAGCUACCUGCUGCCCUACGUGUCGCACUGGAGGAACCUGCGUCUGUACUGCAUGACGGAAGCGGAGUAUGAAGACGAGGAAGCAGCAGAAGAAUUCAAAAUCUCCAGUUUUGUGACGAUGGUGCAAGAUUGCUAUCAUAUCGGAGUUCCCAACAGCGCCCAGGGACACUUUCAGAGGUUCGAUAUGUUCAUGGUGGAAAAGUGGCCCCUCAUUCAAGCCUUCGCUCUGGAGGGUAUUGGGAGAGGAAGCUUUUUUACCAUGAAAUAUAAGCUCACGGACAUGAGCGAGAAGCUGUGGCAGGUUUACAACCGGCUGGACCCCGUGUCCCUGGACCGGCUGCUGGCAGAGGACUUGGUGAACUUUGAAAAGCAGUGGACCGGCUUUUUCUCCAGCAUGGACCUGGAGAGCCACCUGUCCAUCCUGGAGCUGUCCGAAGCUCAGGCCGGAGAGCCGUUCCGCUCGUACUACAGCCACGGACUCCUCUCCGCCAACAUCACAGACAAGAGCGCCAGCCGGACGCCCUUCGUGUUGUUCGGGAAACACUCGUCCUCGGACGACCUGCAGAGCUACUCCUUCAGCUUCCCGUCAGAGAGCCACCGGGUCCGCGGCACCGGGCCUGCCGGCUCCGCCGCCGCGCACAUGAUCCUGCAGUGUGUGACCCCCAGAGGACCCCUGGCCUGCUCACGGACCUACUUCUUUGGGACGACACACACUCCGUACCUGGGAAAUCGGAGCGCCGAGCGGGGGAGGGGUGAAGUCCUGCUGCUGUCUCAGAUCUACUCCGCCGCCGUUCAGGGCGUCCUGUCGGGAAUCAAGUGCUACUCCUGCACCACCAGCGCCUCCAAGGCGAAGGAUGUGGCGGAGAACACCUUCCUGCUGGCCCUGGAGCGGAUGGAUCUGAAGCAGUACCGUGGCGCUCUGAGGUCCAAGUGCGAGUUCAGCAUCCAGGCGGUCAACAAGCAGAGGACCUGGAUUCCUCUGACGGACGAGAGCAGCCGUUACGUCGUGAAGACGGCGUCUCUGGUCGUCCACGACGUCCCCGACCUGCGGGGGAGCGGAGCCCUGGGCUCGGUGGUCUUCUCCGAGUCCUUCCUGGAGUCCAGCAUCAACAUCCUGCAGAGAGAUGGCGCCGUGUCCUCGGACAGCUGCUACACCGUCCUGACGGCGAGCGUGCCCCGAUACGCCUGCUGGCCGAUGGAGGCCGACGUGAAGCAGUCCGAGCAGGCGCAGCAGCUCGCCAAGAGAGAAGAUGACACUUGUCUCGGGACGGUUCUGACCGCUGCUGACGCCGCGUACAUGUUCUCCAGCAGCCAGCUCUCCACGCCGGAGGAAGGGAAGAUGGUGUUCUUCUCCGAGGGGCUGCUGUUCGUCCACUCGCAGUACGGCAGCAUCACUCUGUCCAGGCGUCACAUCAGCAGCGUCCGCUUCUACGAGCAGGACGCCGGCGCCGUGGCCUCCCUCUUCGUGGAGUACGACGCCAGCCUGCUGCCCCACCUUCCCUUCCCGCUGCACAGCUCGGACCAGUGUCUGCUCUUUGGCCUCCAGCCGAGGUCCAGGAGCCUCCGGGCUUUCUACUCCAAGGUUUUGUCGGUGUGGAAAAGUCCUGAUUCAGGACUCCAUCUGCAAAUACUGGAGCAGAAACAGCUGACCUGGACCCAGAGGAGCAUGCACACCAGGCUGCAGAAGCUCCACAGCAGCCAGGAGCCGCCGCUGGCCAAACGCAGAGGGAGCCUGAAAACCUCGUACUCCCAGCUGCCGGAGCAAGACAUGUUCCUUCAGCACUUCGCCUUGAGCAGCAUCGGUCAGGAGCCCAUUCUGUUCGACCACCUGGGGGCGCUGUUCCCCUCCGCCGAGCUGAAGAGGGACCCGCCCGCCGGCGGGGACAAGGUGGUCGUCAGCAUCGUCAGCGGGCUCCCAGGGAGCCACCGGGACAACCUUCACCGGUUCCUGCUGCAGACGAGCGAGGACGGCGGGAGGUGGGUGGUGUACGAGCCGGAGCCCGGCGGCUUCUCCGCCUCGCGCCUGCAGCAGUACCUGUCCGGCUUCCUGCAGCGCCAGAGGGGCGCCGGAGGGAAACCGCGGCUGCUGCUGCUGCCGCCCGGGUACACGGACGUCCUGGACGUGGUGCAGGCCGUGCUCUUCCACCCGGACCCGGUCCUCCAGGCGUGCUUCACCAUCGGCGCCGUCACCGCCUGCGUGAACCCGCUGUCCGCCUGCAUGGAGCACCGGUUUACCUUCCCGAAGCUGCUGGAGCAGUGCAGCCAAGGUGUGGUGAGUGCGGUGGUGUUCACCGGGCUGACGGCGGACGAGAAGCACCCCCUCAUGCAGCACGUCCAGCAGCUGGUACGCUCCGCCAACCCCACGGCCGCGUUCGUCCUGGCGGAGAAGGGAGCCGUCACCAGGAGUGAAGACGUGUCUCUGAUCCUGUCUGAGAGCAGCUUCAGCGAGCCGCAGAUGCUCAGGGCUCGCUACGUCCUCUACCCCGGAUGGUGCCGAGGGCGCUUCUCCUCCGGCGGCGGGCCGCCGCUGCUCGCCCAACGCCGCCUGGCUUUCAGCCGGCCCCUGGAGAGGAAUCUGUUCGUCGCCCGCUGUAAAGCGCUCCAGGCGUCGCUGCGUCCGAGCCCCUUCCGCGGAAACCUGUACAACGUCUGGGGGAAAGUCCGGUUCUCAGACUCGGACCGGCUGGUGGAGGUGAGCUACAACGCGGUGAGCGGCGCUCUGACCGCGGUCCCGGACCGGUGCCCCGCCCACGCCCGCGCCUCCUGCUCCCUGACCUUCGACGGCGUCGGCCUGACCGAAGACGGACUGAAGGACUGGCUGAGGCUGUGCGCCACGCAGCCGCCGCCCAAGAAAAGCAGGAAGACGGAACAGACCCUGUCGCCGCAGGAAGUCCAGGCCGUACAUGAGAGCAGACACCUGGAGCCGCUGCCGCCCGGGUUCUUCUACAACGGCCAGCAGUACGUGGACGUGUUCGGAGAGAAGAGGAGCUUCCACCCCAACAUGGAGGCGUUCGUCAGAGAGUACGUCAGCGACGCCAACCGGGAGAUCGAGCGCUUCAACGCCGGGCUGGAGCUGCAGGACCAGCCCGACCUCUUCGACCCGUGACAGGAAGGGCGACGCCGUCUUCUGCAGCUCACGGGGGGUGGGGUGGGGGAGGGGGAGGGCACAGGGGUCACGGGGUCACACACUCACCUGUCCAGGGUUGAACUGUGUCGUUACGUCUGUCACGGUCCGGUUUAACACUCCGACCGCUUCGGUUUCAUCCUCAUCAAACGAGUCUGAGGCGAACGCCGUUAACGCCGCUAACGCCGUUAACGCCUCCAUCUUUCAGCUCGGAGCGCCGGAGCCUCACAGUCCGGGGGAAUUUCCAGGCCCGCUCCUGUUUCUGUUGAUCGCCGCUGGCGAACGGACGCCUCUAUUUGUGGGGCGGCGUGGCGAGCCGUGUGCUUCCGCCGGGCUCCCCGGCGGGGCUUUCUCCGGCACGGCUCCGCCCCCGCCGUCACCCGAUCCCAGCCCCACCUGUCCGCCGCUCCGCCGGCUGUAAACACCGGGCGGGCCGCCGGCGAGCGCCGCCGCUCGUCACGUGGCCGCACACGCCGUCCCGCCGCUUUAUUUUAAGUGGGCCUAACGGAGGUGCGACCCGACGGGCUUCACUUCCGCCGCCAGCUGCUCCAGUGGCGGCCUCAUGAAGCAGGAAGAAGACGCACCGGGUCGUCUUCGUUGUAAAGCUGCCAGCUGAUGAGACGCAGCCGACCGCGGCGCUUCGUCCCGUGUUUUCAGUCUGCCGGCGUGCUGUUUCGGGUGUAAACGCCCAGGAGCGAGGCUCGGCCGGCGCUCGCUGCAGUCCCACACUCCCGAUCGCUGCUGUUGAGUGUCGUUUGGGUCUCAGACCCUCGCGGCGGCGUGUUGGCGUGUUGGGGGGGAGCGGUGAACCUCGCAGCCUGAAGCUGGAGGCUUCCUGAAACACCGCGCCGAGGGGGAGGGGGGCGGGGCUUAUUCAGGUCCUCAUAAACUAAUUAGUGCUCGCCACUGAAACGAGCCGCGCCUGAUGCCGGGCUCUGGUCUGAAGGGUAUUUUUAGCGGCGUCUAUUUGGGCUUCGCCGCUCAGCCCGGCAUGCUGGCAGCGCCGCCAGCAGCCGCUCAAACCCAGAGAAGCAAUUAUUCUUUCCUCUCUCGCUGCGCAAACAAACCCCGGACGACCUCCCGGUCUGCGCCCAGUGGGACCGUCCCUGUCCGUCCCUGUCCGUCCCCCGUCCCCCCCGGACCCCAACAAGCCAUCAGACCGCCCAGAUCAGCAGCCAGCUCCCAGUUACUCGUCCCACUCCGUCUCUCUUACUCUAUAAACCAAGUGCAAUUGUUUGUGUGUGUGUUUUUAUAUAUUCCUCUCACGUUAUCCUCGGGUGGCUCUUUAAGGACGACGGUGAACUCGGUGUUUUGUGAUCCGCGAGCUUAAAGCGCUCGAAGCUCACAUAACGAGUCAGCACUCCGGGGUGAAAUUAAAUGGCCCCGCAGAAAAGUAUUACCUCUGCUCACAAACCACUGAUAUAACAGAACACAAACAGAUUACUGCGCCCUUUUUAACAAAUGGCGGAGGGUAAUAUGUAACUGAAAUCCUCCGGUAAUAAAAUGAGAACUCUUGUUUAAGCUGGAUCCCGGCGCAGCGUUUCAGAGAUGCGCUCUCUAAGCCGCCUGUCUGGAGCAGCAGUUGCCGCGGUCGUCACGUUACGCAACACUGCAGAGAGUUUCCUGACCGGCGGCGAGCCGCGCCUCGUCCACGUCCAGCAGCGGAGACGCGUCCCGACCAGACCAGGAGUCGUCCUUAAAGAGCAGGAGCCUCGUAACCUGCGUGCCGUCCACUGCUCUGCAUGUCCUGUGAAAAUGACGCCGCGGGGAUUCUGACCGAAUCGCCUUUCACCAAGACUGGUCCGGCACCGUGAGACCAACCAGACCUUCAUCCCACAUCUCUGCUGAGAAUCUGAAAGGCCUCAAAGCGCCACAUCCUAUUUUUAUAAGACUGUGAAUUGAAGAUUCUACAUGCAAAACGGAACGUUUCCCGUCGAGGAAACUUAAGAAGAACAAACGGAUGCAAAAAACAAAGCAGCAGCUCGAUGACGUCGGGUUCCUCCGAUCCAGCAGUGCCUUGGCUCCUCCCCUCCUCGGCUCGGGGAGGAGGCGCUGUCCUUCUACAGUGUUGGUGAAAGGAAUCCGCGGAGUGUGUCUUUAUCCGCCAGAGGGUGGCGGGGGCGGGGCCACACGGGGGCGGGCCGCUGGUGGGCUCGCCAUCUUUCAGGUAUCAUACCCAGGGACCAAAAAGGGGAACGAAAGACCGACCGCUGCCGCUCUGAUGCCCGUUUAGGCUCAUUUCUGACAAGAAUUAAGCACAAGUUUCUCCGAGGCGUCUCUCUGAGGCGUCUCCUCGAGGCGUCUCUCCGAGGCGUCUCUCCGUGGCAUCUCCUCGAGGCGUCUCUCCGAGGCGUCUCCUCGAGGCGUCCUGUCCUGCUCUUGGCCCGGACGCUGAGGCAGGACGUCAGGGAUCAGAGCUCGGUCCGAUUCCAAGGGGAAGAUUGAGUUAGUGACUAAAGCUGGGCGAUCCCUCCUCGUUGCUCUCGGGACCCCGCAGGCGCCCCCCACUGGUCCGCCGCCGCCCUGCGCCCUGGCACGCCCGGCACUCGGCCGCCGUUAGCUGAGGUUAUAGGACCAAAACAAAGUUUGGUGUUAAUUGGUUUUCUGUUGAUCUGCUGCACUGCGACGGCCUGGAAAAGUGGGUCUUUUUAAUUUUUUUAUGGUAUUUUUGUGCAUGUUGGGGGGAAAAGGCAGCAUGGAAAUGGAUUAGAAUUCCUCGGGCCUCAGGGGAUUGGCGACGCUAAUUGUUUGGGUUGUUCUGUCCGAUCGGGGUGAAAAGGGAAUCAGGAGCUCGCCGCCCACAGACGACCAGCAGAAUUUGCUCAGGUGCGCUCGCUCCUUUCCAGGGUGAGAUUACAUAUUCGCCUCAUCAGAUUUGUGUCUUGCAGAAGGGGAAGGAGGUGAAAUUGUGGCUAAUAUCCGUCCGUCGCCACUGACUGUGAACAAAAAGCCAGAAAAAGCAGCGAAAAGCCUUGAUUAAAGUUGGCAGGUGUUUGAUGUCAUGAAGGCAGAAUUAGAUCUGUGGAAAGAAGCAAAGGGCUCGUUUCUUCUCCCCCAUCCACAGGCCGUCCGCAUGACGGGAUAAAAAUAACUUCUUAUGGUCUCUGUUGUGACGAGAAGCAA